CUCGACAAGGAAAGUAUCGUUAAGGAAAGCACCAAAAUUAAGAAACCUAAUAAGAAAUUAGUCCAAAAUAAUUAUAUAUAUCGACUUAGGGUCCCUAUUAUUCUAACUAAAAAUAUUAAUAGCUUAUCAACUAUUAAAGUGGAAUCACCGAUAGUAAAUAUAGGGGAGUGUUUAAUAAAGAGAAGGUCUCGCGAUAGUAUUAAAGAACAUAUCGAGGCUAUUAGGUCUAUCGUGACUUCACUAAGUGACCGACUAACUUAUUUAGGCGACCCUAAGUAA